CCGAGGCUCCAAGAGGCCUCCAAGAAGCCCCCAAAAGACACCACAAGGCUCCAAAAAUGUCCGCACGCAGGCAAGUGCCAACGAUGUUACAAUACGGGCAAGCUGAAUGAGCCGAGCGAUGGACUAAAAACUCCACAUUGGCACGUGCCAUCUUUGUGCAGGGGCCGUACUACUCUUCUCUGUAUCGCCUCACUUCUAAAAGAUGUACCCAUCAGAGAAUCCUUUUCCCCGAACGAUCUUCUGCGCCUCCUCUUCCAGCCGGGUCGUAAGCCCCGAUGGGCGAGGCGGGACACGACGACGAGCAGCCUCCUCACGUCUCGCGCGCUCCGCCUCGGCCUUGCGCUCGAGCCCGCGGGGAGUCUCCGCCAGCCUCUCCUGGGCCUGCAGGGUGUCGGGGUGGUCCGCGCCGAGCCUCCGCGCGGAGGCCUCGACCACCCGCCACUCGAGGUCCUCCGCCUCCGCCUCCCGGUCCAGGCUGUGGAGCGUCGCCGCCAGGUCCCCGGCCGCCACGAGGGUGUCGGGGUGCUCCGCGCCCCGCGUGCGCUCGCAGGCCUCGAGCACGCGGCGCUCCAGGGGCUCCGCCUCCGCGGCGCGGCCCUGGGCCGCGAGCGUCGCCGCCAGGUUCCGGAGCGCCUGCAGGGUGAAGCCGUGGUCCGCGGCGAGCGUGCGCUCGGCGGCCUCGAGCACGUGGCGGUCGAGGGCCUCCCUCUCUUCUUCGGGAUAACCGGCCCAGAUCGAACAGCGUCGCCGCCAGGUUCCCGAGCGACAGCAGAGUGUCGGGGUGAUCCGCGCCCAGCGUGCGCUCCGCCGUCAGCGCAAGCUCGCUCUGGACUCGACUGCUUGGCAACGGCCUCUCUGCUCCCCACCGCGCCCGGCCCGACGCCCUGGGUCGCGGAUCGGCACUGGGCCUGGUGCAUCUGGCGGUGGGCGCGGGGCCGCCUCUGGCGGUGGGCGCGGGGCCGGAAGGCCAGCUCCGCGCGGGCCCGACGGCGCGCAGCAGCCCAUCCCUUGCGAAGCGGCGGCCCGCCAGUUUGAGGGCUCGGGCGGGGGCCGGGCCGCCACUGCAAGCUGCCGGGCGGCACCCUCCUGCGAGAGAGCCCGGGCAGGGCGGCGCGGCCCCGCAGGCCGCCGCGGGCGCCCUCUCGCCGCACGCGGGGACGCGCCGAGCUGCGGGGGGUCGGGCCACCAGCGCCGAGGAGCCCAAACGUG